AUGUGGCCCAACAUUAGUGCUGCCCCCUUUUUGCUGACUGGAUUUCCAGGUCUGGAGGCAGCUCAUCACUGGAUCUCCAUCCCCUUCUCUGUAGUCUAUAUGUCUGUGCUUCUUGGCAAUGGCACUCUCCUCUAUCUCAUCAAGGAUGAUCACCAUCUCCAUGAACCCAUGUACUAUUUCCUGGCUAUGCUGGCAGGCACAGAUCUGAUGGUGACACUGACCACGAUGCCUACUGUAAUGGGUGUCUUAUGGUUGAAUAUCAGGGAGAUAAAUCAUGGCAGCUGCUUCUUGCAAGCCUAUUUUAUCCACUCUCUUUCUGUUGUCGAAUCAGGUAUUCUCCUUGCAAUGGCCUAUGACCGUUUCGUUGCCAUCUGCACCCCUUUGCGGUAUAACUCAAUUCUUACUAAUUCCAGGGUGAUGAAGGUCGGACUGGGGUUACUGAUGAGAGGCUUUUUAUCUCUUAUUCCCCCAAUUCUGCCUCUCUAUUGGUUUCCAUAUUGCCGUUCCCAUGUUCUUUCCCAUGCCUUCUGCCUCCACCAAGAUGUCAUGAAACUUGCCUGUGCUGAUAUCACAUUUAAUCGCAUAUACCCGGUUGUUCUGGUUUCCUUGACUUUCUUCCUAGAUGCUCUGAUCAUUGUCUUUUCCUACAUUUUAAUUCUUAAGACAGUAAUGGGCAUCGCCUCUGGGGAGGAGCGAGCUAAGGCCCUCAACACUUGUGUCUCCCAUAUUAGCUGUGUCCUGGUAUUUUACGUCACUGUGAUCGGCCUGACUUUCAUCCACAGGUUUGGGAAACAUGCGCCACACGUGGUGCACAUCACCAUGAGCUAUGUCUACUUUCUCUUUCCUCCACUCAUGAACCCUAUUAUAUACAGCAUGAAGACCAAGCAGAUUCAAAGAAGUAUCAUUCGCCUAUUUUCUGGGUGCAGUAGGGCUUGA